AUGUACGCCAAUUCCGCGCCUAGAAGGCAGACUUGGAAUAUAGUUCUUUGCACAUUAAACUGGAUCUUCUGGUCGAACCUCACGAUCCUCUUUAACAAAUGGAUUCUCGAGUAUACCCCCUUUAAAUACCCAAUCCUCUUGACAACAUGGCACCUCCUCUUCGCCACGCUCGCAACCCAACUCCUCGCGCACACAACUCCCCUCCUCUCCGCCCGCGCAUCCCUCCCCAUGAACGCCCGAAUCUACAUGGCCCGCAUCGCCCCCAUCGGCCUCCUCUACAGCGCAAGCCUCGUCUGCAGCAACGUCGCAUAUGUAUAUCUCAACGUCGGGUUCAUCCAGAUGCUCAAGGCCGCGGGGCCCGUGGUAACCCUGCUAACGAGCUACAUGUGGUCGGUGACGGAACUGACCGUGGGGAAGGUAGUGAAUAUUUUGGUCAUUGCGGUGAGUGUGGGUGUGACGGUUUCGGGGGAGAUGAGGUUUUCUUGGGUUGGGGUUGCCUUGCAGGGGGCCGCGUUGGUCUGUGAUGCGAAUCGGUUGGUGCUUAUGGAGAUUAUUACCUCGAGGUCCUUGACUUCAGAGGACGGAGAAGAGCAGAGGGGAAGAGCCAGGCAUAGAGAUGAAGAGGAGGGAGUGGACGAGGGCAAGGAAAUCGAGCACACCGGAGCAGAAUCCGACUCCCAGGCUGAGUCCCAGGUCAACAGCAUAACCAACCUCGGCAAGAUGGACCCCCUCGUGAGCCUCUACUACACAGCGCCAAUCUGCUUCGUCAUGAACGCCAUCUUGGCAUGGAAGGCUGAGGUGCAGCCGCUCCUCUUGUCACAACUCGAGGAACGUUCUACUUCUCACACAUCAUCGUCACUCGGUCUUGGGGAAAUAAUCCUUGAGACAGGCCUGUCGACGCUAUUCGCCAAUGCCCUGGUUGGGUUUCUGUUGAAUGUGGCUGUUUUUACACUGGUAUGCUACCCUGCCCAAUACCUUCUCUUCCCCUAUUUCUCUCCUCUGAAAACGCAUCCGGAACUAACGUGUUCAGAUUGGCAAAACAUCCGGCCUGACAAUGACGCUGGUUAG